CAGAUGUGACGGCGGCUCUAGUCGCACGCGUGCGAGAGAGACGAUCACGACACGAAACGGCGCGAGGUACUCCCGCGUUCGAGCUAAAACUUAAACGACGCGCGUAUAUAUCGAUCACCACCUCUCUCUCUCUCUCUCUUUUCGAUAUAUCCUGCAUGGUUUCGCACGCCGAUCGCACCCAUUAGAGAGACCGUUCUCUUUUGUGAAUUCGUGCACGAUUCGACGCCGUGAGCCAACGCGAGCAAGCCGCGUCCAGAGGGAGUCGAACGGGCAAGACUAGGAGAUACGUUAGUCCUGCUCUCGAGUUUCGACGGAGAGAGAAAGGACGACGAACUCCUGUCGCCGAGAAGAAGAGUUCCCUGGGACUGUCUAUUGGUAAUCGGUGAUUAGUCAUCGCACGUAGCACGAAAAAUAAAAAUAAAAGUAAGGGUGAUCGCGGCGGGUUUCUUGUGGAAUACGUGCGCAACUCGACGAUCACCAGCCGUUCACGGGAGUGGUGGUAACGAGGGAAGGAAGUGGAGCUCCUAGGUGCGAUUUCUUCUAGAGACCUAGGAGAUUAACCUUCGAUUAUCUUGAAGGGAGUGUAUUUUUUUUCGUCUCCGAGUGAUAUCACGAAGGAAGGAGACACCCACGCACGGAACAUGUCUGGAAUUCAAAUCAACGUGGAGGAAGCCUCCAACGACGGGCGCGAGGAUUUCGUUCGAGACAUCGAGGCGACGGCAACUACGACCGCGGUAGCUGGUAGCCCGCUUUCCUGGCACAUUCCAAGGCCGUCCUUGGUCGGUCGAAGCGAGAGGGACAGUGAAAAUGGUAGCUGGGCUCAUCUGCACCCGAACUCACCGUCGAGAGGAUCCACGUCCUCGCAAGGCUCUACCGCCAGCACGCACAGUGCCGCAUCGGGCACGUUGUUAUUGACGGCAGCGAAUCUGGCCAAUCUCGCGGCUAUUCAUCCACCCACGGUAACGGCGCCAAAACAAAUGGACACCGCCUCGGUGGCGAGCAGCACCCACUUCACCGUCGUCAACGGUCUAGGUAGACCGACGACUGUAUACAGGAAGUCCUGCUGCGCCAGACACCAGCUCACCGUGCUCGUCUGCACGAUGAGCUUUCUAUUCAUGGUCGGCCUACUUCUGGGAAUCCUCUACAUGGAAAUGAGAAUUCGCGACAAGUACCAUUAGAGGGCGGAAAUGAUUGGGAGCGAGCAGUGGGAGUGAACAUGGACAAUCAUCUGGAAGAUUGAAAAACGAUGGACAAAGAGCAACGAAACGUAGAAACGAUAUCGUUCGUUCGAAGAAACGAAUGUCGAUGACCAUUUCGGUCGAAUUUAUCUUUGUUCACGAUUGACCGCGUUAUUCGUAUUUAUAAUGUACAUGUAUAUUAUCACUUAGAGCGUUAGGCCGAUUCGAUUAGACGUUCUCGAUUCGAGACAAUGUUUUAAAGGCUGUAUUGCACCGUGUUCGAAGUGUGGUACGUGAAAACUAAGUAAUUACAUUCAAGUAAUAAGCUAGUUUUAGGUAAGCGUGGAUAGGUAGCUGAACGCGAUCCUAAACUCGUUGGAACGCUCGAAUAUUCUAGCGGAGGGUUGUAAUCAACCCUCUAGAUUCGACAACUAUCGUAGAACCCUUCUCUCUCCUUAUUUUCAUUUCUAAUUAAGAGGGACGACGACACGAUAGAGGGGCUAGACUUUGUUCAUUCCAUUUGAGCACGAUUCUCCGAGUUAUCGAUCGAUUUCUGGUAUCAGAAAUAUCGUCGAUCGCUAUUUAAACUGAUCACAGAGGAUCAUCGAAAUGAUUGUAACGCGUUGGAGUGGGAUUAACAAUGUCGUCGUCCAACGAAAUCUUUUGUAAGUCAUAUAGACACGUAAUUUCUUCGAUUAACGUUGACGGACAGUUCGAAGCAAUCGACGAGGUGGGAGUAUGAUUCGUGGAUGUGUUAACUUAGGGGUCGUUAUUUAAUUGUUACUAACAAAAGAAUGCCUGAAUCAAACCUGGAUUCCGUGUCGGGGUGUCGUGUUCCAGGAAAUGUAACGGAAAAGCAAUGAGAAGCGAUCGCUUCUCGAAACUGUGAUAUUACUUGCGUAUUAAUUAAUCGUCGAUUCAACAAGAAACUGUCGAACCAUGAGGAAAGUGAAA